GCGCACACACACACACACACACACACACACACACACACACACACACACACAGACACAGAUCUGGGACUCGACAGCAGCAGACUAACAGAGGCCUUUGGACAUCUAAAUUGCAUGUCACUUUGAUACAGGAUGAUGAAGAUAUCAGGAAGAGUCACUUGGUGCUGUGUAGCUCUGCUCCUCGCCCUGACCUCUGUGUCAGCUGUACAGAAAAAGCUCAAAUCAAUCAGUGAUUUGAAGAACAUCAACUUCGGCCAAUCUGUGCCCAAGCACAGUCUUCUGCUGCUCCACUGGUUUGCCAACACAGUUAACAUUGAUGAGAACAAUGUCAUAAGUCUGACCUUUGACCCAAACGAUGGGGAUUAUGGUUCACAUUAUUAUGGCAACUAUGAGGAGCUGCUGGACCCAUUGCCUAGGCCUAGGGGAAAUCCAUACCACUACUACACUAUUGGAAAUCUCCAUCAGGAAACGUCCAAUCCACUUCCAUCUUACGUAGCGCGUCCCCGAAGAGCUUUUGCAGGAGAAAACAGGGACAGGAUCAUAGUUCUCGUCAGGGAGCAAAACACAGGAUGGCAAACUUCCUGGAGAAUAGACCGCGUGUAUAUCACACAGCAUUUUCAAGAUCAGGGGGAAUAUGAUCCAGAUCAUACCUACAGGAUCACCACGAACCUCCUGAGAGAGAUCAGAGAGUUUGCUGUGGGAGAAGACCAACAGCCACUGUCGUAUCUCAGCAACCGCUUUGGAAGCAGCGCUGAUGAUGCACAAAUCAGAAACACAUGGGGUCACCUUGCUUGCCUUGGACUGCUGCUGUAUAUUGUGCUCGGGGAAAGGCACCCCUUUACCCCACAAUCCAACUACACACCGCAAGUCAGACAACAAAGCGCCUACACACCGCAAGUCAGACAACAAAGCGCCUCCACACCAGAUAACAGACAAACGGAUUGGUGUGCGGCUUUUGUGAAGUGCUGCAUGUUUGUUGUUGUUCUUUUAAUUGUUCUUAUUAUUUUGGCAAAUUCUGCAGCAAGAAGAUAAAUUGAAAUGAGAGAAAUUACCAUAUAAUGUGUUUAAGCCCAAUGUUUCUCACAAAGUCAGCAGGAUUCAAAAGUUGAUUGGGAAGAAGGAAACACGCGUGAACAUGUCAGUUUUGUUCCAGCAUGUAUAAUGUAAUAGCUAUGAUUCACUGAGGAUUCCUCCUGUGUGUGAGACAGAUGAAGAGAAUUCAAGCAGCACUGAUUGAUAAACCAAUCAGAUCGGUGAAUGACUGUACGGUCUGCAAAGGACAGCCGUCACUGACAUGGAUGCAUUUCUUUUUUUAUACUUUCUGUAAUGUCAUAAAUUGUGUGUGUUUAUUAAAUUGUAAUGUGUCAGUAAGA